CGAUAGCCUGAUAGCCUGAUAACAGACACGCAUAUGAUAGUGAAACACACGAAGAACUCCCUGCGUAAUACCUAGAAAGCAAGAAGCAAGUAAACGGUGCAGAAGAAAGGGAGGUAAAAGAGACUGAAAAAUAAGAGACAACUAAUCCACAUAGAAGAGAGGAAGAAAGAAGGAGAGAGACCUAACAAGCGUUCAAAAGCGGAACAGGUCCAAAGAAGAAGAAGAAGAAGCUGCCGGACCAAAACAAACCCACGCUGGAAACACUUCAAAGGAAACAUUAAACACAUUAUCACGGGAGGCAACAACAAGCAGAGGAGGAAAGAGACAGGAGACAGCAGCAUACCAACAGAGCACAUCACAGGGAGGCAGAGCAGAUCACAAACCACUGUUAGGAUGAGGAGCCGGGCCUCUUUCUUGCUGUCUGUGCUGAUGGCGGUGAUUGUGGCAGGGCAUGGCAAGGACAUGACCAAGAGCAGUGACAGGCCAUGGGAGGACAGUUUCCGGCUACCAGACACUGUUCUCCCUCAACACUACGAGCUGUAUAUCCACCCUGACCUGACCUCCAAGACCUUCACCGGCCAGGUCACCAUCAGCCUCUUGUCCCAGGAGCCACGUGAUCACUUCCUGGUGCAUGCUCAGUGGCUCACCAUCACCAGCUCAUCCUUAGUCAGUGUGACAGACAACCAAACUCAGGCUGUGAGGAUCAACGAGACCAUCGACUACGAGCCUCACCAGUUCUUUGUGGUGCGUACGGAGCAGGUGGCAGCCGGCUCAUUCCAACUCACCCUCCACUUCAGUGGGUCCCUGGAGAAGGGCAUUCUAGGCUUUUAUUACUCAGACUACACUGAUGACAAUGGAAAAACAAGCGGUCUUGCCACCACCAAGUUUCAACCAACCUAUGCCCGGCGAGCUUUCCCGUGCUUUGAUGAACCAAGCUUCAAGUCCACCUACAGCCUUACAGUAGUGAGGCCCUCGGAGGGUUACAGAGCCCUCUCAAACAUGCCUGUGAAGAAAGAAACGGCUGACUCACCAUCUGCCGGGCUGACCGAGGUGGCCUUUGAGAAGUCUGUGCCCAUGGUCACGUAUCUGGUGUGUUUCAUUGUCUGCGACUUCUCGUACAAAGAGACCAUCCUGGAGAGUGGCAUGCCAUUCAGAGUGUAUGCCCCUGCCCACCACCUCAGUGAUACAGACUAUGCCCUUGAGGUGGGGAAGAGUGUGCUCCAGAUGUAUGAAGGCAUGUUCGACCUGCCCUUCCCUUUGCCCAAAAGUGACAUGGUUGCCAUCCCUGACUACUCCUCGGGUGCCACGGAGCACUGGGGCAUCAUCACCUUCAGGGAGACGGCCAUUUACUACAACGCCAACGAGAGCUCCGCCGCCAACAAGCAGCGAGUGGCGUCAGUCAUUUCCCACGAGAUGGCUCACCAGUGGUUUGGAAACCUGGUUACCUUGAAGUGGUGGGACGACUUGUGGCUAAACGAGGGCUUCGCCAGCUACGUGGAGACCAAAGGCGUGGCAUACGUGGAGCCCGACUGGGACAUGGGCUCCCAGUUCUGUACCAGCACUCUGCUGCCCGUGCUGGGCAUCGAUUCGCUGCUCAGCUCCCACCCGAUUAUCCAGGCCGUGGAGACGCCUGACCAGAUCAAUGCCAUCUUUGACAGCAUUUCCUAUAACAAGGGUGCAUCAAUACUCCGGAUGUUGGAGAACUUCAUGGGAGAGUCCUUCCAAACAGGAAUCAACAACUUCCUCAAGAAGUUUGAGUAUGCCAACGCAGUGACGCAGGACCUGUGGAAUGAACUCACUGCAGCUUGGGCUGGCAGUGUCCCUGAAGGGCAAAAGGGGGAUGUUGGGGCCAUCAUGAACACCUGGACCCAGCAGAUGGGCUUCCCUGUGGUGACUGUGAAGCGCUCGGCCCCGAACACCUUCACUCUCUCCCAGGAACGCUUCUUGCUGGACCCAAAUGCAGAAUACGACCCCAAUGACUCAGUGUUCCGGUACAAAUGGGAUGUGCCUGUGAGCUACACAACAUCGGCUGACUCCACGGUGCAGAGGUCAUGGCUGUAUCACGAAAAUUCCACCUUAGAGCUUGCUGUGCCUGCUGAGGUCACCUGGAUCAAGGUCAACAUGCAGUACAUGGGCUACUACCGAGUCAAUUAUGAGCCAGACAUGUGGGCGGAGCUGGGGAAGCUGUGUGCCUCCAAGGCCCUGAAAGCAUCGGAUCGUGCCGGCCUCUACAGUGAUGUCUUUGCCCUGGCUGACGCUGCACUCAUCAACUACACGGUGGCAUUGGACUUCAGUCGCAAUGUGGCCAAUGAAAGUGACUACGUCCCCUGGUACUCCAUGGCAACAGCUUUCUCGAACCUGCAGCCACUUCUUGCCUCCACCGAUGCCAACUUGCCCUUCAAGGAUUAUGUUUCCAGUUUGGUGGAGCCUCUGUUCAUUUCGCUGGGUUGGGAAGACAAUGGAAAUCACUUGACAAGGUUGUUGAGGACUGAGGUAGUGAGGCUGUCAUGCCUGAGUGGGGGUGAGGCCUGCCUGGGCACAGCAGCAGCAGAGAUACAAAGCUGGAUCCUGGACCCCAAAUACCAGCUCCCUCUCGACACACGCAGACAGGUGUACAGGUGGGGAGUAGUGAAGGGAGGAACACAGGCGACAUGGGACCUGAUGUGGCAGCGUGCAGCGGACGAGACAAGUGCUACUGAAACUGACAACCUUUACUUUGGCAUGGCGAACUUCCAGGACGAGGCAAUCCUACUGAGGUACAUUGAACAGUCCAUGGAUGAGAAGUUCGUGCGCAGCCAGAACUUCCUGCGCAUCCUUGAGUACAUCUCCACCAACCCUGCAGGCAAUGACUUGGUCUGGGGCUGGGGUCCAUCAUGGCAGAUGGAGGCAUUCUUCAGCCAGUACCCUGAUGCAGGGGCAGGACAGCUGAACAGAGAACAAGCCAUCGAGAGGGUCAAGUACAACAUUCGCUGGGUGAAUGACAACACCAACACCAUCUUGGCCUGGCUGCAGACGCUCUGAAAGAGUCUUUCAUCUGAGGUUGAGUUUGUAAGGGUAAAUUUUUUCUCUUUUUUCAAUAAAAACGUGUAACAGGUAUUUUUAUGGAUGUCAAUAUUGCUCUCUAUUAUAUACUAUGAUUUGUGAAUAUUGAUACAAAAUAUAUUUACACAUUAUUUCAAAGCUGCUUGUAUUUAAUAAAGUGUAUAUGAUGA